AUGAACAAAAAAAAUAUGCGAACAAAUUAUACAGUAGAAGUAGUUCCGUACGAGAUGGACAAGGACCGGUCUCGGGCUUAUGUUACACCAAACUGCCUGCGGGAGUCUCAUUUGAAGCCUGGGCAGCACGUAAAAAUAACCGCAGGCACGCGGGAGACUGUGCUGAAAAUAAUCCCAAAGUUUGACGGUGAUGACCACGCCGUGUACCUCCCCCGAGAGGAGAUUAUGCUCCUUGGAGUGCGGGCAGGAGACCUUGUGACAGUUGAAAAAAGCACACUAGACUAUCCUGCGUGCACUCAUGUGGUUGUUCUCUUUAAGAAAAUGCGAAAGACUGUGGAGAGGCUUGAAGCACUUCGGUUAAUUCUGGAGGAUAAAAAAGUUGUGCAGAACGGAGAUGUCAUCCUUGGGGGACAAAUAAAAAUAAAAGAGGAAAGAGCAAGAAUAUCCGAAGAGACAAAAAUAAAAAUAGAAAUAGAAGACAAAGCACUUCCUGCUACAGGACUGGAGAAGGAGAUCGAAGGCCUAAAACAGUUUAUUGAUAACGCGCACUGUUCCCAAGGCAGAGGUGCAGAGGAAGAAAGCAUCCAGGAGAAGAGAGUGUCCGUGUACAUGCAGGCCCCCAGGGGAAUGGUUAUAUCAGGCGAAGCAGGAAUGGGAAAGAAAACCCUCUGUCUUUUUGUUCUCCAGGAGAUUGGGAAGGAAUGGGUGCGUGUCCACGGGCACAGCCCAAAGGCAAUUGAAGAUGCAUUUGAGUAUGCAAAGAUAAAUGAGCCAUGCACUGUGUGGAUUGACAGACUGGACAGAUACGUUGAGGAAAAGCAAAUAGAGACAGUGUCUCUUGUGGAGAGGAUGCUUGAGGAAAUCACAAAAGAGAGAAAAAGAAUUGCCGUUAUUGCAACAGUAAACAGUCUGUCACAGGUUCCUAGAGAGCUGAGGAGUGCACAUGUGCUGGAUAAGUCGAUUAUUCUGCACGCCCCCACAUCAGCCCAAAGAAAAGCGCAGAUUGAAAUGGGCGUACAAGAGCACUCUGCACAAAUGGGGUGCGCUGUAAAGGAAGAUGUUCUCGAUGCAGCUGCAAAGAGAACUGCUGGGUUCACACGGGGGGAUCUUUUCCUUCUUCUUCGGGACAGUUUAUUCUCUAAGGGACCCUCUGAGAAGGAAAUCUGCACGGAAUCUCUGCAGAAAGCCAUUCCACUUGAUGAGUCUAUGAGAAACCUUGCAAUUUCAAAAGGGACGGGUGUGUGCGAUGGAGAGUGCAUGCACAGGCUCAUGACACAAAUAGUGCGCACAAUCCCAAGUGCUUCAGAUGGAGCACCUGCUGAGGUGCCAGAUAUCAGAUUUUCAUCGAUAUUUGGACAGGAGGUUGCUAAAGAGAAAUUGAUGGAGACAAUUAUCUGGCCGAUAACACACAGGUCACUGUUUUCUGAGGUGGGGGUGUCGCCUCCAAAGGGUGUUCUUCUUUACGGGCCCCCAGGAUGCGGGAAAACACUUAUCGCACAGGCACUCGCAAAUGAGAGUGGAUCUGUAUUUCUUUCAAUACGCGGGCCAGAAAUAAUGGGAAAGUACGUUGGAGAAAGCGAAGAAAGAGUGCGCAGGGUAUUCGCAAGUGCGCGUGCACAGGUGCCUUCUAUUAUAUUUAUCGAUGAAAUUGACUCAAUUGCCCCUCAUAGAGGCGCAGAGGGUGGGCAGGUUGACAAAAGAGUUGUGUCAACUCUUCUCACAGAAAUGGAUGGUGUAGGUGGUGCUGCAGGAGUCUUUGUGCUGGGGGCAACAAAUAAGCCGUGGAGCAUUGACAGUGCACUCAUGCGGCCUGGCAGAUUUGACUGUCAUGUCUUAGUGGAUCUGCCCAGUAGAGACACACGAAAGGAAAUAAUCCAGAAUAAGCUUGGGAAGACGCUGGCUGCAAUAACCCGCUGGGGUGUGCAGGAAAAGAACACAGGCCUUCUUGCUGAGUUCCUUGCAGAUACAACAGAAGGAUUUACAGGUGCGGAGCUGACUGGUCUCUGCACAGAGAUUUCAAUGGGUGCUCUUCGGCUCAAGAUACAGGGAACUGGCUCGGGGGAUGGCGAAGUGACAGAGCAGGCCAUGCUUGACCGAUUGAAAGAGAUUGCCAGAAACACAACACCCCGAAUUCCCCUAAGGGAAAUAGAGACAUUCCGGCAAUUUUCGCGUGAUCCAAUGAGCAUCCCGCACUGA